CAACACCGUAGCCCCGCCCACUCGAUCAAGGCGAAAGAUAAAAAGACCGAAACUCGUCUUUCUUCACCAGAGGAGAAGACAGCAUCGCUUUCGCUUAAGUUAACUUUAAAACAGAUGACUAACUAGUUUUUUUCCCUACACGGGGCGGACUUUAAAGUGUCCUAAACUCCCCCGAGACUUAAGUCUUCCUCACGGCGGGCAGCGAGCUAGUCAGCUGUUGUGCUAGCUGCUCAAGGGUAGCUUUUUUGGGGAGGGGGGCUAAGUUUGACGUGACCCGGUUCGGUUCUGUUUGCAAGCUCCGAACUCCGUUAUGGGAUCCCGGGCGUCCACGUUACUCCGCGAGGAGGAAAUUGAGGAAAUCAAGAAAGAAACAGGCUUCUCACACAGCCAGAUCACUCGUCUAUACAGCCGCUUUACGAGCCUGGAUAAAGGGGAGAACGGCACCCUCAGUCGAGAAGACUUUCAGAGGAUUCCAGAGUUGGCCAUCAAUCCUUUGGGUGACCGCAUCAUCAAUGCCUUUUUCCCAGAAGGGGAGGACCAAGUGAACUUCCGAGGCUUCAUGCGCACGCUGGCACACUUCCGACCCAUUGAAGACAGCGAGAAAAACAAGAACGUCAGUGCCAGUGAGCCGCUUAACAGCAGGACCAACAAGCUCUUAUUUGCUUUCCGUCUUUACGACCUGGACAGAGAUGACAAAAUAUCGCGGGAUGAACUGCUCCAGGUGUUAAGGAUGAUGGUGGGCGUAAACAUCUCUGACGAGCAACUCGGAAGCAUCGCGGACCGAACCAUCCAGGAAGCCGACACUAACGGAGACAGCUCCAUUUCCUUCAAUGAAUUCAUCAAGGUGCUGGAGAAGGUGGACGUGGAGCAGAAAAUGAGCAUCCGUUUCCUGCACUAAUGACUUUUCAUUUAGCCAAUCUUGAUCACCACGUCUGGACAUUUUAGGUUCUGUCUGCCCCUCUUUCAUAAGCAGGCAAUUUUGGUCCUCGGCUCUCGUCAAAAGACGCUCCUUCAUGCCAAAAACCUUUGGAAACAUCUGUGUGCCUUUUUGUUUGGUUGAUACAUGCAAUUUUUCCCCCACAGUCACGAUACGAUCAAGAGUGCAACAUUUAAAAAAUGUGGUUUUUAUGCAACAUUUGGAUUGGCCAAUGAUAGCUGCCUACUCUCCCAAUUCAAAUGGACUGGACAUCUACUGCCGUUAAUGGCAGUGAAACUAGUAUGACUUUUCAUUAACUGUAGGAGUUGAUUAUGAAUUCUACUAAUUUGACAUCGUAAUAAUAAUCAAGUGUAUUUCCUGCAUAAGAGGCUAAUAUAAAGGAAAAACUAGUGGCAUUCAAUGCUUAUAGAGAUUUAUUUGAAUUCAGUAAAAUGAAGUGCCAUGUUUGGACUGUUA